AUGAACGACCUUUUCGGCCGCGAAUCUUCCUUUGGCGAUGAAAUCUUCGAGGAACCGGUGAUAUGCAGCCCCAUGACACAAGCCGAGCUCGAUAAUUCCAUCUCGUUUGAGGGACUGGCGGAGAGCACCACAAUCAAGCUUGUCGCGCCCAGCGAGGAGAACCGCGAAGGUGACGCGCACCCCAAGACGCAAACUAUCAAGGGCGAUGGACCGGCUGCUGUGGGCCGACGGGGUCAUGCUGACGGAAAAAGACAAGGUGGGCAAGACAACGGCCACUACGACCAAGGUGACGUUGGUCGUAUUCAAGGUGAAUCUGGAAUCGCACACCAAGAGCAGCGGCGCGGGCAAGAACAAGGCCAUACAGCGCCGUUUGCCACGGUAGAGAAGGGUAAUGAGACGACGGCCAAGCAAACAAGCAGCCGCAGCCUGCACGAGAAUCUCGAGGCGGGCGUAACAAAGGCCAAGGGCACGGUCGGAGGUACAGCCAGCAAGACACGCGAGUGGAGCAAAAGCUACUUUGACGUGAACCGGUCCCAGCCCGUGUCCUUCUUGGAAAGUGACGGCAAGAGCAGCAACUUCAAUGGCGUCAAGUGGAAUAUGGAGCAUAACCACCUAGCGGGCGAUGGCGUUAAGCUAGAGCUGCUACUGUAUCUACUCCUGACGCGACAGGAUGACAGCAAGUACGCCGUCAAGAUAACUGCCGAGGUGGACACGGCCAAGUUGUUCGGCCACAAGGAACACAAAUGCGUGAUACGCGCCAUACCCAAGGAACUAGGCCACACGGAGCCAGCCGUGUCCUACUUGCAGGGCAAAAAAAUGUGGCAGAAGCUGGACGUGAAUCACUUCGAGGCUCUGCUGUCACCGGACAUGGACACGAGUCUAAAGCUGCCGUGGGACUUGGAAGAAAUGGCAGGCACUAAAAACGAGGAUGUCCAGGAUGGGCAUGAGGAAGACGACAGCGGCGAGGAGGAGGUUGAGGGCGAAAAUGAUGACGCUGCAGCAGUGUCUUGGACGGAGGAGCAGGCAGAGCAUUCAGCUGAGGGGAAAUCGGCAAGGACGGCAAAGAGACGAGAUGUGACAACGCCACUGGAAGACUCGGCUGCCAUAUUGGACGCCCUGCUUCGGCUUUCUGCAGCAGAAGGGGGUAGCAAUAGCUACGGCCAGGAGGAGGACACACCCACACGUAUAGCAAUGCUGGAGAGUAGUCAGAGCAUUUGGCCAAGGGUAAUUAGGCGAGGCCGGGUAAAGAGACGAGAUGCAACAAUUCCAUUGGACAAGUCGGCUGCCAAAUUGGACACGCUGCAUGGCAUGUCCGAAAGAGCCACGGUACCGACUUUCUCCGACCAAAAAAUACGCCAGCAGACACCCUUAACACAUCAGCAAGCACAAGCCUACUUCAUGGAGGCAAAACUCAAGACGGCCAUUGGAAAAUGGCGCAACCCAUCCUACAAAGAUAACAUUGAAUUCCAAAAAGAGCUUGAACCCCUCUACAGGAGCCUCGUUGCAACGACACACAAUACGCUCGGCCAGGAGCAUGGGCAGCAACUGAUCAAAAACUCUUUGGAAGAAGACAGCGAGCUCAUGGACAGAUGCCAGUGGGAUGAUGCAAUAGCCGAGUUCACCAAGCUUGUACUAUUGAACAACAAGCAAUUCCACCGUAACAUCAUUGAUCAUCGAACAACAGCUCACCUGGCAUUCAACUAUGCCCUAUGCGAAAUUCCCACGAUUUUGCAGGGCGACAAGAAGGACCGAUCCCAAGACCAAGAGUUGCUUGACGGCGUCAUCAAGUAUACAUACCUGAACCUGGCCAUUGCCAUUCUCGCAUCCAAAUACCACUGUAACCAGCUAACAAUGCGCGAGCACGUCGUGAAGGCGAUGGAUAAUUGGAUAUCCAAAAAGGAUGAGCAGUCGCAGCGCGCGCUGUUGUCGGGCAACGACCACAACCAAGACGACGACAACCCGAGCGACUACAACGACGACGAUGAAAACAUUGACGAUAACGACCAACUCCAUGAUGACGGCGUCGGCGACGACGAGGAAAACUGUCGAAAACUAGUCAUCCAAGUCCUGUCCCACACGCCUGAGGACGUGCUCCGAUCGCCCGAGGUGCUCACCAAGGUCAUGCAGCACAACCUGCUUAACGAUGCCGACAUCCUCAAGGCCUAUGCCAAAGUUGCCAAAGAUGACAUCAAAACAUCCAAAGUGCCAUUUGCGUCCUUUAAGCCUGUUGCCUCCCUUCUUAAAGACGUCCCCGGCAUUCUCCACAUGGCCGUCUUCUACCAGCAGCAGCCGCUGGUGGAGACACUGCUGCGCUGCAAUGCCCAGCUCGCCGUCAUCCGCGCCUAUAAGGUGCAAAAUGCGGACAGCGGGUUCUAUCCGCUCUGGUUCAACAACAAGGUUAAGAGGGAAGCCAACUCUGACGAGCAAAACCGGAUGUGGAAGGAGAUUCGGUCGGCGCUGAUCUACUGUGUCAUGAAGCACGCCGAAAAUGUGCAAACGCUUCUCAAUGCUUUACGAGAAUCAGGAGAAAACGAAAUCAACUUUGACAUGUCCCGACUUCUGAUCGAGGGUACGAACGUGGCCGACUUUGUCAAGUUGAUGCCGCAGCAGAAGCGCAGCUACAACCUGAUCCGCUACGAAGAGACGAUCCGGUAG